AUGCCUCCUACCCGUAAGACAAAAGGCGCUCAUCUGGAGGCUACCAAGCGCGACUCUCCUAUGGUUGUGCAGCACCUCGUCUGUAUGAAGUGCGCCACAAUCACGGAGUACGACUGCGUGCCCUCCUCUGAGGAGCCUAUUACGCUGGUUUGCCAGCACUCCACAGCCUCGUCGUCCUCCUGCGACGUGUGCUCGGCCGGUAACAAGGUGUGCCAACAGAAGCGGCCCGUGGAGAACGAGGACGAGGAUGAGGACGAGGAUAACCGUGCUAACCUAUUCGAUGACGAGGAUCGUCUCUUGAUCGCCAAAGCGCAGCACCGACUCGUCUGCGCCUUCCUAGCAGCUCGCUCGGCUCACCUGUCCGAGUGGACUAUAACUAGCAACAAGAAGCCUUCCAUGGCAGCCCACCAGGCGUACAUGGAGUUUGCUGACCGUCGUACUUCGAUGAGGUUUGACUUCAUCAAGGCCAGUCCUGGCUUCAAGAAGUGGUCGAUCACCAAGAGAACCUGGGCCCUGCUGCCCCGUCUAACCCCUGCCGACUCGGGUUUCAUCACCUGGUCGCUAGCCGUCGAGGAGUGCUGCAAUGCUCUUCGUAAUAUUGUCAUGAACUAUGAGAACAUUCCGGAGAUUCGCGAGCUGACCGAGCUCCAACUCCUCCUCGGUCAGCUCGCGAAUCUCCGGAAUGUUCUCAUAGUUCAUGACAAUAUUACGAAGAGCAUUGCAGCACUCCUCGACGGCUAG